AUGGAACCCCAGCUUCCGCCAACCACCUCUGUCAAACUUGGCAAGGUCUCCCUUGAGCGCGUCACAUGGCUCCUCCUUGGCCUUCUUGGCCAUGUCAAACAUCUCAAGCAAGAAAUUGCCAAAAUCAAGGAAGCAGGGGUUGAAACCCAGACAAACAUUGAAAACAUAUCCCAAACCAUUGAUGUUGUCAAGGAUGGGCUCAGAAGCCUCCAACUUCAAGGGCCCCAAACACCCAUAGGCCCCCAAGCAAAAGCUGUGGAAGAAACACCACACCCCUUACCAAAAGCCAAGCCUAUUGGAUUGGCUACCUACCCCAAGAAGAGCUGCUCCCCCGCAAGUCCCAUCUCCCCCUCCAUCUCUGCAUCUCUGUUACAACCUCCUUACAUAUACCAUUAG